GCUCAACUGCUCAACCAACGCGAAAAAAAGUACACAAUGCUUAAAUUGGCACUCAAUUUCCAAUCUUCAACGAAAAAUCCACCAGCUUACUUUUUGACGCCAGACUAAUUGCUCCGUCGCCGACGGUGGCUGCGACGAUUCCGCCGCUCGGCGAAGCUUCGCCGCCUUCGACGCAAAUGGUGGGGCCACUGAGGCCGCAGUUCGUGCUGUUCGGAUCGUCGAUUGUUCAGAUCAGCUACAGUAACGGCGGCUGGGGUGCGAUUCUCGCAGACGUUUACGCCCGUAAAGCAGACAUAUUAUUGAGAGGUUACUAUGGUUGGAACUCGAGACGUGCUGUUCGAGUCCUUGAUCAAGUUUUUCCUAAGGAUGCUGCAGUUCAGCCUUCACUGGUGAUCGUUUAUUUUGGUGGCAAUGACUCAAUGGGACCCCAUUCAUCCGGGCUUGGUCCUCAUGUUCCUCUCCGAGAAUAUGUUGAAAACAUGAGAAAAAUAGCACUUCAUAUUAAGAGCCUUUCAGAUGAAACUCGAAUAAUCUUUCUUACUUGCCCCCCUGUCAAUGAAGCCAAAGUGAAAGAGAACACAAGCUCAAUAUUCAGUGAGCUCGUUCGAAACAAUGAUCUGUGCAACAAAUACUCUCAAGCCUGUAUAGAACUAUGCAAGGAAAUGGGUGUGAUGGUUGUUGAUCUUUUCACUUCCAUUCAGAAACGCGAAGAUUGGGAAAACGCUUGCUUUACGGAUGGAGUUCACUUAUCCGAAGAGGGCAGCAAAGUAGUGGCAGAAGAGAUUCUCAAGGCUCUGAAAGAAGCAGAGUGGACUCCAAGCCUGCACUGGAAAUCCAUGCCUACUGAGUUCUCAGAGGAUUCAGAUUAUGAUCUUGUUCUUGCUGAUGGUAAAACCACCAUUAAUGCUUCCGACUGGACCUUCCAUCGCCCCAUUCAAUGGGACUAGAUUAAACAGUGGCGGAGGCAGAGGCAGCUGUAGGGUAUGUGCCUCCCAGAAGGGAUUCCAGCAAGGUGCCCUCCGUAUUUUCAAUGAUUUUCUGUCUAGUGCCCCCCACCCACCCCAGAACGCAAUCCUGCCGUUGCCACUGAUUACCUACCACUAUACUAAAACAAACGAUUCCCACUUCUGCUAUAUGGUUCCUAGCUAGGUAAACAAUCGCUUGCUUCCACGCCAAAUCGACACAAUGAUGGUCGUGCUUUAAUUGGGUGUGCAUUCAACUCUUUUACGGAGUAGAAUGUAAUGUACAACCGAUUAAAGCAGCGUUCGGCAUUGUGCCGAUUCGGCGUGAGAGUCGUUUCCUUUGUUGUAAUUAAUUGUCUUUAUAUCACGCAAUUGGCUUGUGUACUGGUCAAUCAAUAUGGCAUACUCUCUUUUUCUUUGUUGCAACUCCUUGAAUUUUUCACUAUUUAUAUACAGUAUUUCGACUUUUAUUUAUUUAAUUUUUCACGAUGCAUAUAUGCAAAAUA